GCACGGUCCAGACAGCAUCGUCAGCUGCCUUCCCCGAUUUUUUCAUAUUCAACUCCCAUCUUUCCUCUUUCAGCUCGUCGUAACGCUUCGACUGGAAAAUAACCAUGAUCAGAAGUUUCCAGACGAGGAAUCCUGAAACCCAUUAAUUGGAGACGUUAGGCUGCUCUUAGGCCCAUCGGCUUCAGGCCUAAGCCUACGAUAGGCGAGGCCUAGGCCCAGGCCUCGUAAAGAGGGAAGCCCAAGUUCUACUCCAACCCGUGCCUGGUUUCGUUAAAUCGCAUUGGGGAAUCUAGCUGACAAAGAUAUGGCCGAAGAUCUUCCUGUGAACGAAGAUUUGAGCGACAGUUUCAUCUCCAGUUGGGAACAAGAUGCUGUGCAAGAAUUGGAGAGUGGAUCCAACCUGGAAGCUUUCAUCCAAUCUGAAACUGAUGCUAUGAAUCAGAAAUUGGUUUACCUCUUUCAAAACUCAGCCACUUCCAUUGCUCAAAUGUAUAAAGAUCGUCAUCAAGGAGUAUCCAUUUGGGUCCCCUUCCAAGCUGCUGCAGGCACUGUCACAUCAUUAUAUAAAGAAUCAAUGGAAGGAAUCAAGCGUAGCCGUGAACUUGGGAUCCAGCUUGGAGUUCAUAGACGAACGGGAGACAUCUUGGCAUGGGCUAAACGAAGGAGGCGACACAUUCGUAGGGAAGACCUCAUUUCUUUCCUUGCUGGGAAGAACCCUGCCCCCACUCCUCAUUCACAUUGGCAAUUUUCCUCUCAUCAUCAUCAUCAUCGUGCAUCUCCUCGGCCUCGCCAUACUCCAGAGCGUAGACUCAGUGGCGAUGGGAAUGGAGAACCUGAUCUGCAUACUUUCCGUGAGGCACUCACUCUUGCAAGUCUAAACAGUGCCAUGUCAAACCUUGGAAGCCUGCGAGGAGGUGCAUCGCCACCUGGAAUCAAACGCAGUCCCCCUCACCAUCACCAUUAUGGGGAGUUGAAUGCAUUCAUGAGUGAAGAGUUUGCUCGACAUGGAGUGAAGCGUGGGGCAUCUCCACCUCACGAUGUUGUCAUGGACUCCCCUUCCCUCAAACGAGCUCGAUUUAAUUGAGCCCAUCCAUGCAAGUCCUGUCCCGCACUGGGCAGAUCUCAUGCGAUAAGGUUGCUCGUCUGUGUGAUAUCGCACUUGUAAUAUUGUUCUUCUUGUGAUGCCAAAAUUUCUUUACAUACCACUUCCAGGUAAUUUUGCUUUUUCAUGCAAGCAGAUAAAAUUUAAGGUAAGCAAUGGACCCAUGCCACAUCUGUGACGAGAUUUGCUCAAGGUCCCUCCUGCCUGAACUGGUUUUUAAGGGGAAAAGCAGAGAACUCAUAUCCCAUUAUGAGAAUAUAAUUGGCAAAUAGGCUUAAUCAUGUAGUGUUUAGCUUUCUGAAUUUGAUGUGAACCUCUUUGGAGUUGGGCUUUGGGAGGGAUUCAGACAGCUUGAAAUUACAACUCUCUUGGUGGCAUGAUUGAGAGGCUUCUCUUUUGAGUGGAAUAUGCCAGUGUCACAUGUCAACAUUUAGUAGUCACUGGUGAUGUGCAACAUGCAAGAAUUCAUCCAAGUUUAAAAUUGUGUAGAGCAGUGGCUCAUUCGCUCUGUGAUAACACUCUGCUGUUUGACUUGCUGAAUGUAUUUGGGCUACCUAAUGUUGCAGAGUGCAUGAUCAUAUUAUUAUAUAUUGUAAGAUCAUGUUUUUGUUCAUUUUAGUUGAUUUGUAGCAGCAAAAAUUAUUCCAUAAGCCUACUCAGCUGUAUGAUAUCCCAACAUUCAUGAGCAGUUGAAAAAGUCAAGGAAUCUGGAGCUAAAGAUGUUUUUGAGGACAUUCAAGGAACAUAAUGAUUCAUUGGCUUCCUAUGCUUAGUUUUGUUGGAGACAGAAGGAAUAACUGUAGAAAAUGUUGAAUACAAGGGUAGAGGCUUGAAAAUUCACAGCUUCUGAUUGUGGGCAACUGCAUCUAGGUUAUUAUUUUGCUACCAUUCUCACCAAUUGAGCAUAACCUCUGGGCCUGUUGCAGUGCUCCUGAUCAGUUGUAAAACCCAUCAAAAUACAUUGCACAUGUAUUUUCAUCCUAGAUUUUAGAUUGAUCAAGCAUUGCAACUGGUUUCUUUUCUCUGCUACGUGCUCCACAUCUGUGCAUGUUUCAGCUGCAAUUUGCAUGUUAGUCAGUCAGAGGUUUUGUGUGUCAGCAAUGGCUUGUAAGAAAUUUACAUCAUCUUUGGACCAGAGCACAGAGUGGUGGAUUCCUUGACUUGGAACAUCUGAGAAGUAACAAGUGUGACAAGUUAUGGUGAUUUCCUCUUGGUGCAAAACUGGGGCUAACAACAGGAUGGCUUCAUGGCAUGUAAACCAGUACCAAAUACUGUUUUACAUCAGCAGUGUUGUAUUGAUAGUUGCAUCAAGUCAGAAUGCUUUUACUUUUAUUGUAGUUGCCAAUAAUUCCUAGUGUCUUAUGUCAAACUUGGUGGGUUUGUUUCCCUACCUGUCUCAUGACCUUAUGGCCUUGUUUAGUUCAUCAGUCUCCAUCUGGAUGCCAGAAACUUUCCUGUAAUUUUUCAAGAAGUUAAAGCAACAAUAUCUAUCUCACACCCCUUGAUCCAUAGAAUAUACUAUACAACUAUCUUCAAGCAUUUCUCUCUUCUCAAAGUCAUCUAGAUACUCUUUUUUUGAGAGCAUCAUGAGAGUAUCAGUCAAGUGAUUGGUAAAUGGCAGAGCUUAUCUUGGUGCUUGGGUAGAGGGGUCUAAUAAGCAUCAGCUGUUGCACAAUCAUUCCCUUUUCUAGUUUCUGAUUUUCUCCCUCUUUAGCUCAAACUAUCUCUAUCUCAUUCUCGCACUUACAUUCUCUCUCUCUCUCUUACCAUCUACUUUAUUUUUUCCCUGUCACCCAUGCUAUCAAGUAUGAAUUGCUAUGGUACUGGACAAUCCAUGUCCAAGUGUCUCUUUUCUGGAAACCUUCAGGGCAAGGAGAGAGAUUGAAAGAAACCACCUCCCUUACUCUACCCUACCCUCAACCAAUCUUGUGUAGGCCAUGCCUCUGCCAGUUAAAGGACUUAAUUUUUGUCGAUGACCUGAUGAGCUAUCACAUGCUAUAUCCAUAAACCAGACAGAGGUGGUGUCCGAGUACUCACAUUAAAAUGAAAAUCAUUCUAUUUGCUUAUUAGGAACCCCACAAAGAUCCUGUGAGUGCACUGUACAUACUGUCUCUCCCAGUUGCUUUGUAUGCAAGUGCACAUGCAGAAUGUUGACCAAGUGGCAGACACAUGCAGCUUGUGUCACAUUUUCCUCAGCCAAAUCUUUUGGGUGGGGAGCAGAUGUCACUGGUUCCUAUGAGGAUCCAGGGUUUCAUUGGUUCUUGACUCAGCAGAGAGGUUAGUCAUUUUUGUGCGAAUCCAUGCCAUUACAAAAUUCCUCUCUAUGAUACCUGAGCUGAGGAGACAGGUGAAGUUACUGACAGGAGGAAAUAAAAGCAGGCAAGUUAUUACCAAUGUUUCCUCUUUGAAAUUCAUCAUAUAAUAUACUUGAAACCUGAGAUGCCCUGCCUCACCAGUACCAUGCAGCUAAUGUUAAGUCUGAAUUUAAGACUUAAGUGGGAGGUAGAUGAGGAAUGAAAAUGACCUUGAAUGAAGUUGUCUCAGAGUUAACACUGAUUUAUAGAGGGUCAUUGGAACAUUACACACAUGUGCUUGUGUAUCAGCAGUGUGGACUUGGCAUUGUCUCCUCACCUCUAUUGACCAUGCAAUCCAUCCCACUUCCCAUUUCCUUCCCAAGUGGCAUAUGGAGUGGCAGGCUGAGCAUGUAGUAAGAGUGAAUCAAACAGGCUAUGAAAUCUUGAUCCUCUCAUCCAGAUGGGCAUUAUCUUGUUUACUGUCUGUUGGUGAUGCUAUCCUUGAAUAUUUUCUCCUUUUUAAAGAUUUUUCUUUAGUGGGCCUUCUUUCAGAACACAAGUGUGUUGGACCAAGUUGGGAGUUAGGUGUGUAUUCUUCCAUAUACCCUAUUUUCAAGUUGUCAUUGCAGGAUAGCCCACCCUUAGGUCUGGCUUCCAUAUUUUCUUUUCAUCAAUCCUGCAAUAUGCAAUAUCUUGAAAUGUUGAAAUUUGAAUAAUUUAUUGGAGAGAUUUGUCUUUAGGUCAAUGAAUCGCAUCUGUGCAUACAUAAAUAAAUGUGUUUCUUUAGCAUCAGGCAGGUGGUGUCCACAAAGAACUAAAGCACAUUCAGUAAUAUCUCUUUCUUCUCUUUGCUAUUCAUUCAGGAGUGCCUUGUUACUUUGUCUGGGUUUUCCUUGAUUAUCUCAGUAUAUGUGAGUGCCUCUGUAUGGCAUAAGAAGUAAAGCUCAUUCUGUUGGUUGACUAUUUACCAGUGUGAGUGAUUUUUUUUUUGCAAAUGAAUAAAUGGGAAAUUGCUGGCUUGUGCAGGAA